AUGAGCGGGGCGGCGGCGGAGGAGGCGGACUCGCCGCCGUCGGAGAUGUCGGAGGACGAGGCCGCCGGGGGCGGGGGGAGGUGGACGGCGGAUCUAAGGGGAGGGAACGGGGGCGCGGGGAGGUGCCCGGCGGCGCCGCCGGACCAGGUGCUGGAGAACGUGCUGGAGAGCGUGCUCGAGUUCCUGACGGCGGCGCGGGACCGGAACGCGGCGUCGCUGGUGUGCCGCUCGUGGUACCGCGCCGAGGCGCAGACGCGGCGGGAGCUGUUCAUCGGGAACUGCUACGCGGUGUCGCCGCGCCGCGCCGUGGAGCGCUUCGGCGGCGUGCGCGCCGUCGUGCUCAAGGGGAAGCCCCGCUUCGCGGACUUCAGCCUCGUCCCCUACGGCUGGGGCGCCUACGUGUCGCCCUGGGUGACCGCGCUCGGCCCCGCCUACCCACGCCUCGAGCGUAUCUGCCUGAAGCGGAUGACUGUCAGCGACGACGACCUCGGCCUCAUCGCGCUGUCCUUCCCGCAGUUCAAGGAGCUCUCGAUGGUGUGCUGCGACGGCUUCAGCACCCUGGGUCUCGCCGUCAUCGCUGAGCGAUGCCGGCAUUUGCGGGUUCUGGAUCUGAUUGAGGACUAUGUAGAGGAUGAGGAAGACGAACUGGUAGAUUGGAUCUCCAAGUUCCCACAGUCAAACACAUCACUGGAGUCACUUGUGUUCGACUGUGUUGGUGUUCCCUUCAACUUUGAGGCCCUGGAGGCACUUGUUGCACGUUCGCCCUCUCUUCGCCGUUUGUGUGUGAACCACCAUGUUUCAGUGGAGCAGCUCCGGCGUCUCAUGGCGAGGGCGCCUCAGCUCACACACCUCGGCACUGGGGCCUUCCGGCCUGAGACUGCAGCAGGUGGUGGGGGCAUAUCUGUGUCGGAACUUUCAGCCUCUUUUGCGGCCUCAAGGUCUAUUGCCAGUCUCUCUGGUUUCCGGGAGGUCAAUCCGGAAUACCUUCCUGGAAUCUACCCUGUUUGUGCCAAUCUCACAUCCCUUAACUUUAGCUUCGCAAAUGUAACUGCUGAGGAACUCCUUCCAGUCAUUCGCCAGUGCCACAAGCUUCGUACAUUCUGGGUUCUUGAUACAGUGGGUGAUGAAGGCCUCCAUGCCGUGGCUGAGACAUGCUCAGAUCUCCGUGAGCUGCGAGUAUUUCCUUUGGAUGCUACCGAGGACUCUGAGGGUUCAGUGUCAGAUGUUGGUCUUCAGGCAAUUUCAGAAGGCUGUCGGAAGCUUGAAUCUAUACUUUACUUUUGCCAGCGAAUGACCAACGCUGCAGUUAUAGCUAUGUCCAAGAACUGCCCUGACCUUGUGGUGUUCCGUCUUUGCAUCAUGGGCCGCCACCGCCCUGAUCGGAUCACUGGGGAGCCAAUGGAUGAUGGUUUUGGGGCAAUAGUGAUGAACUGCACAAAGCUCACUAGGCUUUCUGUUUCUGGUUUGCUCACAGAUAAGGCAUUUGAAUACAUAGGGAAAUAUGGUAAACUAAUAAAGACUUUGUCACUUGCCUUCUCUGGGGACAGUGACUUGUCACUUAAGUAUUUGUUCGAGGGAUGCACUAGUUUGAAUAAGCUUGAGGUCAGGGAUAGCCCUUUCAGUGAUAAGGGAUUGCUAUCAGGACUGGAUUAUUUUUACAAUAUGAGGUUUCUGUGGAUGAACUCAUGCAGGCUAACCAUGAGGGGUUGUAGAGAAGUUGCACAACAGAUGCCUAAUUUGGUUGUUGAAGUAAUGGGUGACCAAUCUGAUGAUGGCGGUGAAACUGAGGUUAUUGAUAAGUUGUACCUUUAUCGGUCACUAGCAGGGCCAAGAAAUGAUGCACCGCCAUUUGUGAAAAUUUUGUAGCUGUUAUUUUUGUUGGGGUUGGACUGCCAUCAGAAGUGGAUCCUCGUCGAAGUGUUAUUCUUCAGACCAUGUUUAUUCUGUUGUAGAUCAAGCUAGGCCAUUGUAGCAUUCCUGUUCAAAUUUCCAGAGCCAUCAUCGAAGUUUCCUGUGGAUGGUUUUCAUAGUUUCGCAGGGAACAUUCAUGCAUCUGUCAGUUCAUUGAAGGAGCAGCAGAUGUUCUUACAAUGCUAUCUACCCAAGCAAUUAUGCAUUUACACUGCUGACCAAUUGGCGUUUUCCGUUUGAAGCAGAUCGGUAUCUGGUUUAUAUGUGCAUCUUCCAGGACACACUUGCGCCAGAGGGAACCAAAAUUCUUUUCGCCACACUUUGAAGGAUCCCAGUAUUGCAGAAUAGAUGAGUAACUACUGAUUGCACCCAGAAACUCCAGUUAGCAGGUUUUAGAUGGUUUCUUUUAGUUCAAACCUCCAAUUAUGGGUUUCUUCUGCGACUUUUGUUUUAUUACAUCAUCUACUUCUUAUGUUGUAGAUGAUCUCAAAAUCAACUGUGGUAAAGUUUCCCUUAUUUGUAGCUUCCAUGUUAUUUUUUUGUAGACACUUGUAGGCCAUCACUUAUAUUCUUGGUCUCUCCUCAUUCUGUCAUUAAUGAAAAAAAAAGAGCUAUCGGAUGUAUUGGAAUUUUAUUGAGCAACUUUUGGUUUGCGCUUAUCAUAUUGCU